AUGGCAGCGGAAAUAAAACCAGCGACUCAAUCAAAUGAACGGUUUUGUACGACGAAAAAACCCGUUUUGCUCUCAAAAUUAGACGGGUGUAGUGAUGAAAUAAAUGCGGCAGUCCUUAUACCAGGCGAAGAAGGAAUUAUAAGCGUUUCAGAUGAUAAGACUGUGCGGGUAUGGUUGAAGCGCGACUCCGGCCAAUACUGGCCAAGUAUUUGUCAGUACAUGCCAAGUGGUACUACUUCUGUAUAUUACACAGUCGAGACAAGGCAACUGUUUAUCGGUCAGGAGAAUGGAACGGUGUCCGAGUUCUCUUUAGCGUCAGACUUUAAUAGGAUGAUGCCUAUAAGGGAGUACCUGGCGCACCAGGCCCGCGUCACAGAAAUUAUAUUUGCCAUAAACUGCGAAUGGGUGCUGAGCGUUAGUAGGGACAAAGUAUUCUCUUAUAAUUGCACCCAAACUGGCCGAAAUCUCGGUACUUAUAACGCUGAAGCUUGGUGUACGUCUCUACAAUUCGAUGCACAAACCAAACAUGCCUUUGUGGGCGAUUAUUCGGGUCAAAUCACGAUGUUGAAGUUAGGCAAUAAUGGUCCGACCGUUAUUACGACUCUGAAGGGACAUUCGGGAUCGAUACGUUCGUUAGCCUGGGAUAGCGAGAGACAAAUGCUUUUUAGCGGCUCGUUUGACCACACCGUCAUCGUGUGGGACAUCGGUGGGCAGCAAGGGAAUGCUUACGAGUUGCAGGGACACCAUAAUAAGGUGUCCGCUCUCCACUAUUUAAACAGCACCAAACAAUUGGUAAGUGCGGGAGAGGACGGCGUCAUCGUUUUCUGGGACAUGAGCCACCCACGACAGGAAACGCCCGAGUGGGUGGAGUCGGACCUGUGCCAACUCUGCGGCCGACCGUUCUUCUGGAAUCUCCGGGCCAUGAUGGACCAAAGACAGCUAGGAUUGCGGCAGCACCAUUGCCGCCACUGCGGCAAGGCUAUUUGCGAACGUUGUUCGACGGGGAGGAUUACGAUUCCGACCAUGGGUUUCGAGUUUGCCGUUAGGGUUUGCGAGCCGUGCCACCAGGCGUUAAAAGACAAAGAGAGACCUUCUUUAGCGACUUUCCACGAUGCUAAGCACAGUGUUGUAGCGAUGAGUUUAGACGAGACUGGUAAGAGGCUUGUGACUGUAGGGCAGGACCGUUUGAUAAAAGUCUGGGAUAUAUCAGCCUUGCUUUGAAUUUAUUUCAAAUUUAUUAUACUGGAAUGUGAUUCAACAAAAAAAAUAUUCAGCAUACUGAUUAACGUGCUAUGAUUUGUUAAAUUUUAGUUAAUAAGUUUUGUAUUUAUGUUACUGUAUAGGUUCUAUUAAAAUUAAUAUAUGUAUAUUAUAUUCA